AUCAAGAAAAAAAAAAAACUUCGGAGACAAGUCAGUUCAAAAGUUAUGUGUCGUUUUUUUGUCAAAAAAAAAUGUUAUUUGUCGUUUGGCGUUGAGUGAACGUAGAGAAAGAAGAAACAAGCCGCCGUUUCGUUCUAAACGACAGGAAACAUAUAACCGAAGUUACACUACUUGGGAAAAGCUUUCCUUUCCCUCUCCAAACCCAAAACCCAAACCCACCGCUGCCACCGUCUCUGCUCUCUCUCUCUCUCUCUCUCUCCGGGAGAAAUGGAAGGCUCCGUGAAAGGGACAGUGACGCCGCUGUCGUCUCUGUUCGCAGCUGAAGAGGCGCAGAAGGCGGCGAAGCGUGUGUACGAUACGAUCGCCGAGAAGCGGCAGGAGCUUGACCGCCUCCGAGGCUUCGUCUCCGAUAACGCCAACCUCAUCAGCACCGUCCAGAGACUCCCCGACCAGCUCCACCACGAUAUUAUGGUUCCAUUUGGUAAGGCAGCCUUUUUCCCUGGGCGUUUGAUACACACCAAUGAAUUUAUGGUUCUUUUGGGAGAAGGGUACUAUGCAGAUAGGACAUCCAAGCAAACCGUGGAUAUUCUGAGAAGAAGAGGGGAUACCUUGGACUCCCAAGUCGAAUCUUUGAGGGCCAUGGUGCAAGACCUCAAACUAGAGGCUUCAUUUUUCGACAGAACUGCCUCUGAAGCUGAGGAGGGAAUUCUAGAGAUAAGAGAAGAUUAUGUGGAGGAAAGUUCUGUUGAAAGUGAUUCUGAACCAGAAGUUUCUUCAAGUUUUUCUGAAGUAGACAACAAAAAGGCUAAAAUUGAUGAUGAAGAAUUUGCACGUAUUAUGUCCCGAUUCGAUGAACUUGAGAAAGAAGAACUUGCAGCUGAAGAAGAUGACGAGGAUGAUGAAGACGAGCCAACUAAAGCUGAUUUGGAUAGUUUCUCAGAUAAAUUAUCUCUUAAUGAGACUAAAAAUCCUGAGAAGCCGGAGUCCAGAAAACCUAUGAAUCAGACAAAGAAUACAAAGACAAUGACUAAAGCUGCUAAUCUUGAUGAUGAUAAGCAGCAAUAUGAUCACCCAGAGUUGCCUUGUACAGGUUUGGCAGUUCAACCGAUACCUAAAGAUGGAUCAUCACAUGGUAUUACUUUCGAUCAUAAUGUCAAAAAGUCUACGGAGAAGACAUUGAUGCCUCCUGAAGUUAAAAAUAACCUCCAAGCUUUUAAUUCUCCAAUAAAUGAGACUCUUGUUGAAACUUCAAAACCGAAGUUCGAUAGCCAAAAGGCUUUUACAGGUUCUAUUGUUGAGCGAGCUGACAAUUUAAAACCCAGUUCAAGAAAUCAAACCCCAUCUCAGCCUUCAAAACCGGUUUCAAGAUUCAAGAUGCAGAGAAGAUAGUGACCAUUGUGACCUUCCUCUCUCGGCCAGUGCUCGGCACAACUGGGAUGAAGAAAUGCCAAAAUCUUGUAUAAAGGGCUGCCUUAAAUUUCCCAGCUAGUAAUAAAAGUUAAAUUUUAUAUGAUGAGGAAAAAAAAAUACAGAGGCCCGAAUUUUGCACAAGACCAAAGAGCUUUGUUUAAACUGCCGAAACACUGAUCAAUAUGUGACAUUAUUUUAGCUUGUAAGGUGCCAUUACCAUAUAAUAAUCGGUAAAUUACACAAGUUAAUAUAAAAUUAUAUUUACAUUUAGAAGUUCA